GCAAGUUUUAAUCUGACAAAAAGUCAAGGUGAUCAGCUUCUUGCGUGAAGAGCUUCACCUUUUGUGAUCUAGCUGCCGCCGAAUCAACUGAAAAUGGGUUCCUGGACUUGGAUAAAUAUCCUCAUUCUGGGAGCAGUUUGCGUGAACGCGCAAGUACUGCCCACCGUUUACGAAUACUACACCGAGGGUGGAAUCAAUUCUGGUUUGGUGGCGUCGCAGGGAAAAUUCACGCUCAAUGGGAAAGACAUCACUUUGUACUCGGGUUCCAUCCACUACUACAGGGUGGUGCCUGAAUACUGGCGCGACCGUCUGAGGAGAAUGAGGGCGGCAGGCCUGAACGCUAUUGAGACCUACGUUCCGUGGAACCUGCACGAGCCCAAAAAGGGCGUCUUUGAUUUCGGCCAAGGCGGCAAUGAUUUUUCGCGCCUGCUCGACAUUCGCACUUUCCUGCAAAUCGCCCAAGAAGAAGACCUUUUGGUCAUUUUUCGACCUGGUCCGUACAUUUGCGCUGAGUGGGAAUUUGGAGGCCUUCCGAGUUGGCUGCUGCGCUAUCCCGACAUCAAAGUGCGAACCUCCGACCCGAUUUUCGUUGGCCACGUGCGCCAGUAUUUUGACCAGCUGAUUUCUCAGGUCGUCGACCUCCAGUUCACCAGGGGCGGCCCCAUCAUAGCCGUCCAGAUUGAGAACGAGUACGGCAUUUUUGGUCCUGGUGAAGAAGUUAAGGACAGGGUUUACCUGGGCGCAAUUAGGGACGCGUACGUUGAAAAUGGAAUUGAUCAGUUGCUCUUCACGUGCGACACCCCUGCCAACUCGUCCGACAACGGCGCCCUUCCAGGAUAUCUUCAAAUGGCCAACUUCAACACCGAUCCUGAAGUUCAGUUUGAAUUGCUGAAGCAGUUGCAGCCUGACAUGCCUUUGAUGGCCAUGGAAUAUUGGACUGGAUGGUUUGACCAUUGGUUUGAGUCUGGCCACAACAUUGGAAACACGCCUGACAAUUUUGCGCGUUAUUUGCAAACAAUCUUCAGCUACAACGGCUCAGUUAAUUUCUACAUGUUCCAUGGUGGCUCUGCUUUUGGUUUCAUGAACGGCGCAAAUGUGUUUGAUUUCUUCCCAAACUACGCAGCUGACGUUUCCAGCUAUGACUACGACGCUCCUUUGAGCGAGGCCGGCGAUUACACUGAAAAAUACUCCCGAGCCCAAGAGCUGAUCGCCCUGGACAGCAAAGUGUCUUUCCUGACCCCGUCACCGCCUCCGCCGAAUCCCAAAACCAUCUACCCGGCCGUGCAAAUGCAAGAGUACCUCAGCUACGCCCAAAUAAUUCAGCAAAUCCCACCCGAGUCGAUAACUCAGAUUGACACGGUGACCAACAUGGAAGCUCUGGACAUCAACGAUGGAAACGGUCAGGCUUACGGACUUCUAGUUUACAGGUCGCAAAUCGAUCUGCCCGAAAUCGCACAGUUGCAAAUCACAGGCCGCAUCAGAGACGUGGGCAUGGUGGUUGUGGACAACCAGCAGAAGACGAGACGGCCUGGCAGCCAGGCGGCUCUUCUGGGUUUUGGAUAUUGGACCACUCUGGACCCUUCUUUCAACCUUGGGGGCGCAGCGAAUGGAACAAACACCUUGGAUGUGAUCAUCGACAACUGGGGCAGAAACAACUUUGGCACGCCAGGCGAUUUUGACCAGAGGAAAGGUCUCUUCGGCGGGCCCCUUUCCGUUGAUGGUGUCGCCCUGAGCAACCUGACCGCCAUACCCCUUGAAUUUAAGUCCGCAUGGGUGCAAAAUCUGACUGGCUGGCAAACUCUGGCCGGAGGCGAAAUCUUGGAAGGGCCCCUGCUCCUCAGGACAACAUUUUCGAUUACGGGCGCUCCGACCGACACCUUCCUGGACAUGAGUGCCUGGAGCAAGGGCAGCAUUUUUGUCAACGGUUUCCACCUGGGCAGGUUCUUCCGCCUCGGUCCUGUCCGCACAAAUUACAUUCCAGCGCCCCUGCUCAGAGAAGGAGUUAACGAGGUCAUCGUUUUCGAACACUACGAGCCGGCUGAUCAACUUGUGUUCACCGACACCCCUAUUCUGGAGUGAAAUUCAAGCACGUGCAUGUGUACAUGAAAAUGUAUAAGUUCGAUUAAUAAAAUGAGAAACGAGUGCACCAGAGAUAAAUCCAAUGAUGUUU